AUGCAGGUCUACAACAACCGCUAUGGUGUGAUUUUUGCCUGUACCUGUGGCGUGAUCCUGGGUGUGGGCUUCGGGGCCAACCUUUUGGUCUUCUCCCUGUUCGCCAAACACAACACCUUACGUAAGAAUCGUCUAGACAUGCUGCUCCUUAGCAUGACUUUUGCUGACUUCCUUACGCUACUUCUCAUCCCCUUCACCCUGCACUCAGCUGCCAGCUUCACCUGGCCAUUGGGAGACACGUCCUGUAAGAUUUACCAGUUUAUGCUGGCAUUUUCGCUUUCUGCAAGUACCUACUCGCUGUGUGCUGUCUCAAUGGCCCGAGCUAUGAUUAUCACCAAUCCUUACCAGCCACCAACCACAGACCUGGUUUUUCUAAUGCUUGUCCUGGCCUGGGCUCUGAGCUUCUUCAUCAGUUUGCCCUUGCGCAUUUUUGCUACUAAGGUGCGAAUCAGCCCAGGGCUUGCCAACUUUACAUUCUGCCUGCCUACUACCCAAGAGCACCACUAUCAGGUCAUACUAAGCCAGUUUGUGCUCUGCUACUUCAUUCCAAUGCUGGUUAUUGCAGUAAGCUAUGUGCGCUUGGCUUGUUUUCUUCAUAAGAGCCCAGUGAUGUCAUUGACCAGUGCUCGAAACACACGGCGUGCCUCUGUAAUGGUGUUUCUAGCAGCAGGGACAUUCUCUGUGUGCUGGCUGCCAGGAUAUGUCUUUGAACUGUGUGUGUAUUUGGGUCUCUAUAAGCAUGGCCAGGCCUGGGAGAUGUUCUACUUCACCUGCACUGUGCUGCAAUAUCUGCACCCUUGUGUUAAUCCUUUGCUGUAUGUUCUACUGGCCAAACGUUACCGGGGCAUGCAGGGAGUCUGGCUAUUUCCCUGCAACCGCAACAAGGUGCACCCCCAAGUCACCAGUGUGACAGAAAGCUAUUAA